UGCCCGCCGGCAGCCAAUCACAUCAGGCGGUUCCGAAACUGGCGCAGGGAGCUGAGACAGACCGAAUGACAGCGUCUGAGUCCCGCGGAAGAGCUCCACAGAUCCUCCGUGGAAAAACCCUGCAAGAUGCCGAACAAAACCAAGAAGGAGAAGGAAACGACCAAAUCUGCCAAAAGCAGCUCGAAGAACAGCAACAGUGGCGGGAAGGAGGGGGCGGAGAACUCUGAGGAGCAGCAGAGUGGCAGUAAACGUCCCAGCAACAGCACACCUCCACCCACCCAGCUCAACAAGAUCAAGUACUCUGGAGGACCUCAGCUGGUGAAGAAGGAACGCCGCCAGAGCUCCUCUCGCUUCAGCCUGACCAAGAACAGGGAGCUGCAGAAGCUACCUGCCCUCAAAGAUGCACCCCCUGUGGACCGGGAGGAGCUGUUCGUUCAGAAGCUGCGUCAGUGCUGCGUUCUGUUCGACUUCGUCAGCGACCCGCUCAGCGACCUCAAGUACAAGGAGGUGAAGAGGGCGGGGCUUAACGAGAUGGUGGAGUACAUCACGCACAACAGCGACGUGGUGACCGAGUCCAUCUACCCCGAAGCCGUCACCAUGUUUUCAGUCAACCUGUUCCGUACUCUUCCUCCAUCCUCGAACCCAACCGGAGCGGAGUUUGACCCCGAGGAGGACGAGCCGACGCUGGAGGCGGCCUGGCCUCACCUGCAGCUGGUGUACGAGUUCUUCCUCCGGUUCCUCGAGUCUCCAGACUUUCAGCCAAACGUUGCCAAAAAAUACAUCGACCAAAAGUUUGUUCUUUCGCUGCUGGAGCUGUUUGACAGCGAGGAUCCCAGAGAGAGAGACUUCCUGAAGACCAUCCUCCACCGGAUCUACGGGAAGUUCCUCGGCCUGCGGGCCUACAUCCGCCGACAGAUCAACAACAUCUUCUACAGGUUUAUCUAUGAGACGGAACAUCACAACGGGAUCGCAGAACUGCUGGAGAUCCUGGGCAGCAUCAUUAACGGCUUCGCUCUGCCACUGAAAGAAGAACACAAGAUGUUCCUGAUCCGAGUUCUGCUGCCUCUGCAUAAAGUGAAGUCGCUGAGCGUCUACCACCCUCAGCUGGCCUACUGUGUGGUCCAGUUCCUGGAGAAGGACAGCAGCCUGACGGAGCCGGUGAUCAUGGGUCUGCUGAAGUUCUGGCCAAAGACCCACAGUCCGAAGGAGGUGAUGUUCCUGAACGAGCUGGAGGAGAUUCUGGACGUCAUCGAGCCGUCGGAGUUCGUUAAAGUCCAGGAGCCGCUGUUCCGGCAGCUCGCCAAGUGUGUCUCCAGCCCACACUUCCAGGUAGCAGAGAGAGCUCUGUAUUACUGGAACAACGAGUACAUCAUGAGUCUGAUCAGUGACAACGCUGCUAAGAUCCUCCCCAUCAUGUUCCCCGCCCUCUACAAGAACUCCAAGAGCCACUGGAACAAGACCAUCCACGGUCUAAUCUACAAUGCCCUGAAGCUCUUCAUGGAGAUGAACCAGAAGCUGUUUGAUGACUGCACACAGCAGUACAAAGCUGAGAAGCAGAAAGAGAAAUAUAAGCUGAAGGAGAGAGAGGAGAUCUGGCACAAGAUAGAAGAACUGGCCCGACAGAACCCUCAGAGCAAUAAGCUCCACCCUCUCCACCCAGGACUCCACCCACAAGACCAGUACCUGUUGUACAGCGAUGCAGUCGCUGUGUACUCGAUGGAAACAGAGACUCCAACAGCUGAAGACAUCCAGCUGCUGAAGAAGACUGUAGAGACUGAAGCCUCACAGGGUGUGAAGGACCUGAGGAAGGAGAAGGUUCUGAUGAGGAGGAAGUCAGAGCUUCCUCAGGACGUCUACACCAUCAAAGCUCUGGAGGCUCAUAAGCGAGCUGAGGAAUAUCUGACAGCCAAUCAGGAGGCUCUCUGACCGGGGGGGGGCGGCGCCCGACCCCGCCCCCCUCCGGUGCGAGGCGGUCCUGGGUGGGACGAGGACGGACCCACGCCCCACGGAGGCCAACACCUGUAGGACAUGUAGAAGCUCCGCCCCCCGUCAACGUGUGUCCACUGUGAUUGGACAUCAGCUUCAUGUUGCACUAACACCUCCACCUGCUUCACCUGCUGCACCGCCACAUCAGCGCCGCCUUUUCCCCCCAGAGCUCCAGAUUUAGUGUGAAGGUUUUUAGUAGAGGUCAGUACAACUCCGAAUGUGUGCAGUUUUCUGGGCUCUGUGGGGAAAACGCUCCUCACUCUGUACCUGAACACAGCGCAGGUGACUCACGGAGGGCUCCGCCCCUCCGCCUGAGCCGACCAAUCACCUGCAGCCUGGAGACUGAAGCAGCUUCAGUGAAUGUAGACGUCAGGAAGCUCCGCUCCCGCUCUGACGCCGCCAGCUUCAGCCAAUGAGAGGAGGUGUUCCCCGUCAUGUGAAUGUUUGUGUCAGAGUGACGGAACGUUCUGAUGUUCUGUCCUCCGUCUGUCAGAACAUUCCGAUGUUCCGUCCUCCGUCUGUCGGUGUGGAGACAGAUGACUCGUUCAAACCACUGAUUUCAUCUUUUUGUCGUUUUUUUUGUUUUGUUUGUUUUUGGUUUUCUGUAUUUUUUACCGACGUCUCGAUUCUCUAAAUGUUGGAACGUUUUUGUGACCUUUGAUGUAAAUUUUUUUCCAGUUCCGAUGCACAGAAUCAUUAAAACAACCUAAAGUUUGAUGAAGAACCAAUGUUGAACAGGAAGUAAAACCUUUAGUCGUGUUGAUUAAAUCCGUUCAGCAUCUUUUAGUUUUUCCUAAAGCAGCCAAACAUUUAAUUCUCUGCGAUCCGAUGACCUCACGGCUCGGGGACCUCAUGGCUCGAUGACCUCAAGGUCUGGUGACCUCACGGUUCGAUGCGUUUUUUGUUGAUUCUUUUAGAACGUUCUGCCUGCAGUCAUCGUUCCGUACCAUCCUGUAUAUCGACUGACCACGCCCCCCUUACAGGGACUAUGCCACGCCCCCGCUGCACUUUUUGUAUUUGGGUAUUUUUUUUAUUGGCUCGUCAUCGCUCCUCUUCCUGUCUGUGGGCGUGUCUAACAGUUCCAGAGGGGAAGCCCCGCCCCUGACAUGGAGUUUAUCUAGAAACUGAAUUGUGUUUUUCAGUUUUUAUCUAAACAGCAGCAAUGAGCAGCUUCUUUCUGAUCUGAGGACGUUUUCCUGAACUCUGGAGCUGAAACUAAACGGAUUUCUAACAGGAAGUUAUUUAGAUCCUGAAGCAGAACCACAGAAAUAUUUGAAAUCAUUUCAUGGAUGUAAAUGUUGUUUGUGUCCAGGUGCGACUGAACGAUCAAAGAAUCGCCGAUUGAUCGAUACUAAACUGCUUCCCGUCAUGUGUACAGAUGUUUAAUGAGCAUCACAUCGUAUGAAGUCUGAUUUUGUACAGAUGUUCAUGUAUGUACAGAAAUAAAAACACUCCAGUCGA